CCCAUUUCAGACUCAGUAAUGGCAUCUCCUUCCUUUACUCUUCUCUCUUCUACGGUCCCAGCGGCAAUCAAAUGAAAAAAAAAGGAAAAUAAAAAUAGAGCAAAGUCUAAUUGUCUUGCUUAUCAAGAAACUCUGACCCUGACGAAGUCAAACCCGGCAGCGAUCACCCGUUUUCUCAUUUCAUUCUCGUGUUCCCUUUAUCUGAUUAUUAGUUCCUUUGAAUUGGGGAAAAAAAAAACCCAGAUCAUAACCAAUGGUACUGCCAUUGUUGAAGUUAGGAACUUUGGCCUUAAAAACUCUGAGUAAGCCUGUGGCCGCUAGGCUCAAGAAACAAGCUGCGUAUGCCCCUAGGUUCCGCGAGUUCAUCGUCGCCAUUGCUCAGGCAAACCAUCGAAUCACAACUAGAAUGCAAAGGCGCAUUUACAGUCAUGCAACUGAUGCUGCGAUACGCCCCUUGGAUGAGGAGAAAGCUGUGCAGGCUGCUGUAGAUCUUAUGGGGGAGCUUUUUGUCUUCACGGUUGCUGGAGCUGUCUUGAUCUUUGAAGUUCAAAGAAGUUCUAGGUCGGAAGCCAAGAAGGAGGAAGCACGCCGAAAAGAUUUGGAGGCAAUGAAGCAAAGAAAUGAAGAACUAGCAACACAAGUAGAACUUCUCAGGCAUAAACUUGAAGAACUGGAGCAACUUGCUAAGCGACAGGGACUCAGUGGUAUUUUCAAAUUGAAACCUGCUAAUAUGGAGGGGGAAAAAUUGGCCAAAGCAGCUUGAUGUAAACGGGAGACUCGACAAAUAAGUUGAACACUAAUUUAUUUAUACAGUUUCUCUGAUCAACCCCUCCAUUAAGGGAAUCAUUCUUCUUUUUCAUUCUUUUCAACAUCGAGGCAUCUUUUUGGACUGUAUUCUGGUUUCACUUGUUCAUUAAAAAGAUUAUAAAGAUAGAGAUUAUAUCAAUGAUGAUUUAAAGAGUUUAUAAUCAAGGAUGUGGGUUGGCAUGGUCUGCUAAUUCACCUUAUAUGAA